GUAGUGCUGGACGUUAGUGCAAAGUAUUUUUAAAAAAGUUGUGGUGAAAAAUAGUAAAAAGGUUUGUGAUCAUUGAACCUGUUGCUGAUCAUAGAAAAUCAUCAUGAACCACUACAUGGCCUAGGAGUAUUUUGAUGACCAGCGUGGGAAGAUGAACAUUCGCUAUAAAAAGGAGAGGGUUGGCAAAGACUGAAAUGACCGGUGGGGUAAAUGCUGACACACUGGAAUACGAAAAUUGAGCUUGCAAAGGUACAAUGUGGCGCCAUCUUGAACAUUGAACUCUGAAUGUCUGAGCUUUUCGAUUGGUUAUUUCCCUGCUAUAUUAUUCUUUUCUCCAUAAAAUAAUCAACAAGUGGGUAAUGAUUAAGUUGGUGAUUAUCAGUGUUUUUAUCACUCCCUCUGUUUGUCAUCCAACGUAAUUUGACGACAACAUCGUAUACAUAAAAUUCGCUGAAACAAGCAAUGCUGUCAGUCGUUUAAGUCAACUUCAACAGUGAGCUAUCACCAAGCCCAUCAACAUCAUCAACUUGUACUUGAAAUAAUUAAUAUUUUAUUUAAAGAAUAAUUAUUAAUAUUAAAAAUUGAAUAAUAUUUUUUAAAAAAAGUAUUUAAUAUGUUGGUGAUAUCAUGCCUUGUGCUGACUAUUAUCAGCUCGGCUUUUGGCUUGGACAAUGGUCUUGCUAGAACACCACCAAUGGGCUGGCUUGCUUGGGAACGCUUCAGAUGCAAUACAGAUUGUAAAAAUGAUCCUGACAAUUGUAUAAGUGAUCAAUUGUUUAGAACAAUGGCUGAUCUUGUUGUUGAAGAAGGCUAUGCAGCAGCUGGAUAUGAAUACAUUAAUAUUGAUGAUUGUUGGAUGGAAAAAGAUCGUAGUGUUACUGGAGAUAUUAUACCAGAUCGUUCAAGAUUUCCCUAUGGUUUAAAAGAUCUCAGUAAUUAUAUUCAUGCUAAAGGAUUGAAAUUUGGUAUAUAUGGUGAUUAUGGUAAUUACACAUGUGCAGGAUAUCCAGGAGUUCUUGGAUUUAUGGAAAAUGAUGCUGCAUCAUUUGCUGACUGGGAUGUUGAUUAUGUUAAAUUAGAUGGAUGUUAUGCAGAUCCAGUACAAAUGGAUAAAGGAUAUCCGGAAUUUGGUUAUCACUUAAAUCGUACUGGUAGACCAAUGAUAUACUCUUGCAGUUGGCCAGUUUAUCAAAUCUACGCUGGCAUUAAUCCAAAUUUUUCAUCAAUUAUUGACAAUUGUAAUUUGUGGAGAAAUUACAAUGAUAUACAAGAUUCUUGGUCAAGUUUAGAAACAAUAAUUGAUUAUUAUGGUGAUAAUCAAGAUAGUAUUGUGCCAAAUGCUGGUCCAGGACAUUGGAAUGAUCCUGAUAUGUUAAUUGUUGGUAAUUUUGGUCUUAGUUAUGAACAAAGUAAAACACAAAUGGCAUUGUGGGCUAUAUUAGCAGCACCAUUACUUAUGUCAGUUGAUCUUAGAACAAUAAGACCCGAAUACAAGGCAAUAUUACAAAAUAAAAAAAUUAUUGCUGUUGAUCAAGAUCCAUUGGGAAUUCAAGGUCGUCGUAUAUACAAACACAAAGGCAUUGAAAUUUGGGCCAGACCAAUUACACCAGUAUAUCAAAGCUACUAUUCGUAUGCUAUUGCAUUCUUGAAUAGACGAACUGAUGGCACACCCUCUGAUGUAUCAGUUACGCUUAAAGAAUUGGGACUACAAUAUCCGGAUGGAUACAGAGUUGAAGAUCUUUAUGAAGAUGUUGACUAUGGUGUACUCACAUCUGCAACAAAAAUCAAAGUCAAAGUUAAUCCAUCUGGUGUUGUUAUUCUUCGUUGUGACAUUCAACCAGAAAAUGUUAUUGCACGUAGUCAAUACAGUCAAUAUUCACCUUUAAAUCAAGUGUUCAAAGUUAGACAAAAUUCAUUUGUCAAAAAAUAGAUUUAUAUUUUAAAUUAAUUUAACAAAAAAAUUGCCAGUAUCUUUAACAUUAUUUCAAGAGUAUAAUACAUUUAUUUUUAUUUUUUUUUUAAGAUCAUACUGAGAUUAUUAUAAAACUUUUUAUAAUUUUUUUAAAUAAUUACAAUGUCAAUCAAAUUCAUAUUAGGGGUUUGAUAAAUGUAUUUCGACGACUUUAAUUUGCAGUAAUAAAGAAAAAAAAAAUUGAUAUAAUUAAACAUA